CGACACGAGGUGUCACGACGCAACGCAAGGAAACGAAACGCAACGCAACGCGAUGGAAGCCACCCACCGGCAUCCGCCKGGGAGCCGCCGGCGCCCGCGACGCAAGAACGGGCCACCGGCCGUUGCGACCCGGUCCCUCGCUGCCCUGGCGGUCGCCCUCUCGUGCGUCCGGCGGAAGGAGGGCUUCCCCGGCGGGUUUCUGUUUCGCCCUUCCAACGCCCUCUCUUUCCCCAGGCCCCUCCGGACGUCCCCGGCCCGAUCAAGGGCGUCGCUCUUUCUCUUUUCGCUGAGGAACGGCAGCGACGGCGAGGGCGACAAAGACAGCGGCGGUGACGGCGACGUCGUCGGCAAUGUCGWYGGCAAUGUCGAGAACGGAAGAACGACCACGACGACGGCUACCGUCGAGCGCUCGGGCCUUCGUUCCGGGGAGGACGCGGAAGACUUUGUGGCCUGGAUGGAGGGCCUCAAGCUCGGGACGCCCAUCGGAAAGCUGGCGUCCCCACAAGAGAACGGAAGCGGCAGCAAACCAACAACGACAGCCRCACCACGAGCCUACGGAACACCGAGCAGCACCCUUGCCAAAACACCGGACAAGGAUGCCGGCAUCGAAAAGGCAAAAGCGGCGGUUCUUCCAGCGGGAGAAGGGGCCGGCAGCGAUCCGGAGGAAAMRGGCCGGACCGCGGGCCGGACCACCGCCGCAACGAGGAUCCCGAACGGCGUCGGCCUCCGCAACCCCCUCUCGAACCUGAUCCAGUUCGAGGCCAUGCUGGAGCUGRCCCGGAUCGCCGGGUCCGGGGAGGACGACGAACGCGGAAGCGGCGACGCCGGGAAGARGACGCCGCCGAGCCAGCCAGCCGGGAGAGACCGGGCGGGCGGCAACGCCUCGGACGUCUUUGCGGUCGUCGACAAGCUCUUCAAGACCUUUCGGACGCAAGAGGAAGCCAAGCAGCAACAGCAACAAAAGCUGCAACAAACACUGCCGCAAACGACCCCGAAGGAACAGCAAAAAGAAUUGCUGCWGCUGGCACAGCUGGAGAAACAGAUACCGGACACCGGCAGCAGCARCAGCAACAACAGCAAAAUCAAAGAAACAAUCACCAAAGCUCCGGAAGCAGGCAAGGACCCAGCCAYGAACCUGGCCGAGGAGGUCAGCAGCGAGACCACCGUCCAGGAUCUCAUGGACCUGGAAGAAUACGUCGGCACCCUGAACUUUAAAAAAGUCAGCAACAUCUGGGACACCUUCAGCAGCAAAGACGAGAGUCCGUUGGAAACUACCGGUCUCGCAGAGGCCGAAUCCGUUGGCGAGGAAGAAGAAGAGGAUCCUCCGGCGGCGGCCGCGGACGCUUCCUCCUCGGUGCUCUUUCGAGAAACCUACGGRCCUCCCACCAAGCCAGAGCCGAACAGCCUGGUGCAGGCCGCGGAGGGAAUCCUCAAGGACACCACCGCCAAGAUGGAAUACCUGGUGGAAGAGGCCUCCCCMACCGGGAACGCCACGGUUUCMGCUUCCACCACCAGCGGGGGCACGGGCCUCUCCCUGCAGGACCUCGUCGGCAGGGCCAGCAGCGUCCUGGACGUCGAAUCCAUCUCGAGCGAGAUUGUYUCCGCGGCGCAAAAAAUCGCCAAGGAAUCCGGCGUCUCGGACUUCAACGUCCAGUUCGCCGCCGAUCGGGCCCGGGAGGCCACCGAGUUUGCCGUGGGGGUGGCCACCGCCGCCAACGCGGUCCUGGAUGCGGGGUACGCCUACGGCUCCCGGUCGGGGGCCGCGGGCAUGACGGCCAGAGACAACGAUCCCAACUACGUCCUCGCCGCGUCGGCGGCUUCCCAGACGGCCGGGUCGGUCCUCGCGGCCCCAAGCGGGGAGGCCUCCGAUGGUUCGAACGGGGAGGGCCAGGCCCACCAGGCCCCCCUCUUCGGGGCCUUUGCRUCCGCCCAGCGGAUCGAGCCCUACGAGUACGGGAACGUGGUCUACCAGGGAGCCGAGAUGGGCUCCCUGGCGGGGGUCAUCUACGAGCAGCACGCCGAGGGCUGCCACGGGCUGGGACACUCGCUGGUGGCCAACGGCACCACGGCCAACGUGGUGUGGAUGGUGACGGAUUCCGUCAUGGAUCCGGACCGUUUGUCGGAAGCCUUUUGCCACCACGAGGACGACGGGGAUUCUCCCGGGGCAUCGGCGCUUCCGCGGGCCGGGCCCUCCCUGGUCCGGACCAUCACCAUCCGCGGAUUCGACGCGUCCGACGAGAACGUCGACCGGGAAGAACUCCUCAAGAACAUUUGCCUCGCCACGCCCGAGGCCCUGGACGACAAAACGGCCGACAGGGUCGUCUUCCACAAGGGCCUACUGGACAUUGCCAGGGAGAUCUACGCCGACACGAAGCACUUUAUCGACUGGGUCUCUCCCGACUACAAGAUCGUUCUGAACGGACACUCGGUGGGGGGUUCGCUGUCGGUGCUGAUGCUCCUCUUGCUGACGAGCGAUCGCGGUGGUGAGUGAUUCCGUUGCCGGCACGCGUUGUGCAUUGAUUGCUCUGCUGUGUCGUUGUUCUUGUUUGGUUGGGAACUCCGCCACUGCUUCAUCGCUGUUGUUCUGAGGACGUCCGUGUUUUUUUUUUGGUGGUAUGGAACCGUGCAUUGUAUUGUAUUCCGAUUCGUACCAACGGUAUUUCAUUUGAUUCUCGUUUUCGCUCUCUCUGUCUUGCUCUUGCCGGGGUGCAGUUGGCUUUGUCCGGGAYCGGAUCCAUCGGGUUUACUCRCACGGAAGCCCGCCGAUUGCAGCGCUCGUGGACAGCGCCGAUUCUGRAGAGCCGUCGAAAUUUGGAGGCACGCAGCAAUGCCCCAUCCUCGAUGCCUUCGAUCUCCCCCCCUCCAUGGUCUAUGGCUUUAUCCAGCCCUACGAUCCCGUCGUGAGGCUCUUUAGCGACCACGACGUCCUGUAUCCUUUGGUCGACGACCUGGGAGCCGAUGGGAUCACCCUGUACGCGUCGGGCCCCAUACGGAGCCUCCGACCCAUCACGCGGGCCAUCUUUCAGGCCUGGAACGGCUGGCCGCAGUUCCGGGACAACUGGAAGGGGACCUGCGACACGCAAUACCACAGCGUCGGCAUCCAGCACCUGCUGCUCCCCGAUCCGCUGCGGUAUCUGAACGAUCGCUUCAUUUCGGUCAACGUGGGGGUUCCCCCCGUGGACGCCAUUGUUCGGAUAGCCCCGCGGGACCUCCUGCCGGCGCUCGACCAAACCUUUCCCCUGGACACCUUUCAGGUCAGCCUGGUUCCCCAGGCMGUGCGCAGCUUUUUGCACCAUUUCUACCCGGCCUACGAUUCCUCCGUURUCGAGUAYGCGACCAAGCUGAAGCAGGAAGCGGAACCGGUUGCCACGAAAAAGAGCCGGGCCUUCAAGCCCUUUCUCACCACAAAAUCCUAGGACAACGCAAGAUGGCAACCAAACCACUUCUCGAACAAAUCUCUUCGAUCGACCAACGUAGUAUUCGUGCUUUUCGCUAUUUUCAAUAGCACUUUUCCCAUUUGUAGUAUUAGUAUCGUACGGUAGUGAAACAGAACCGUGACUUAAACCUAGUAUGUACGGUACGUACGUACCCAUGUAUCUACCGUAUUUGUCUACAAUAUCCAUGGAUUAUUUGGGGUUGUAAAUUGUAAAUUCAGGGGAUUUCCGAGUUUGUACUCUCGCUUCGGGGACUCCUAAAACGUGCUACCUGUAUGUAGUACUACGGUACAGUACGUACUGUACUGUACGAGGAUGAUAAAUACAUCGACGAGCAUCGCCAAUCGCUAUGGAUUGAAGAAAGGAAUGGAUCAAGAAUAUUCAGUCCUGUAAUAAAUAAUUGUAUACGUG